CCUACAGCUUCAUACUUUCCAUAAUCUAAAAGCCAUGGAAGAACCUGCAAAUAAUCCUCCGUUUUCUGCAUAAAAUAUCAAACCAACUGAAAAGUUAAAAGAAAUCCAAAAAUCACAAACUAUGUAUACUAGCACGCAGGAUCAUCCGACUGUUCGGACAUCGGCUUACGGCGAUCCAAGUCCCAUCCCAACUCCAGCAAUUUCAAGCACUUUCCCUACACGUUUUCAACACCAUCCGCCUGGAGAAUGGACCACUGGUCUUUGCCAUUGCUUCGAUGACCCUGCAAAUUGCGUGAUUACUUGUUUUUGUCCUUGCAUAACAUUCGGACAGGUAUCGGAGAUCGUCAACCGAGGACACACAUCUUGUUUUUCAAGGGGUUUGUUGUAUGCGGUGCUGUUGGGUUUUACCGGUUGUGCAUGUUUAUAUUCAUUCUUCUAUCGCUCGAGACUAAGGGGACAAUACGACUUAGCCGAGGAGCCUUUUAAUGACUGUCUGGUUCACUUCUGCUGUGGUCCGUUUGCUCUCUGUCAAGAAUACAGAGAGCUCAAAAAUCGUGGCUUUGACAUGGAGAUAGGUUGGGAAGCAAACAUGGAUAGGCAAAAACGUGGAGUUGCAGCGGUGCCAAUAGUGAUCCCUGGAAUGGCAAGACAUUGAUCGACUGCAGCUGCUCUGCUGCAUUUUCUUCCUCUGUUUUGUGUGCUUUGGUUAAUCUCCCUGUUUCUGUCGUGUAUCAAUGUUGGGUGUGUGUUUAAUGAAAACAAUAUCAAAA